CUGCGGGCACCGGCGAAUUUUUUUCCCUAUACUAUUUUUACCUCUUUUUGUUUCGCCGAGCAAAAUUUCUCUGUGAGAAUUACGACCGCGACAACUUUUAAACUCUAAUGAAGUAUUGGUGUCAACUUUCAGACGAAAGGGGAUUAACCGAAAGUUUUUUCGUCACAGUUUGCUAAAGGAAGAGAAGGGAUUCGGGAGACUCCUAUUUUUGGUGACUGUUCCCUCAGAGUCUCGCCCAUGUCUGGGAAAAAGAGCUCGUAACUGUAAGGAGGACAAGUUUCAAUCGGUAUUAACAGGAUUUUGACGCGGGAUAUUUCUCUGGAUACGAAUUUACACCGGUCUGGAAACGUUCAUCCAACUUUCUCCUACUACGCCGCCGUGUGAAGUGACCCAUUGGCCAAUUGUUCUGAGUCAGCCAAACAGGUGUUGAUUGGCUGGAGACAGGUGGCUGCCAUGGCGUCAGCCUCUGUGAAGGUGGCGGUUCGCGUUCGGCCCUUUAAUAAUCGUGAGAUCAGCCGAGGAGCCAAGUGUGUCAUUCAGAUGCAGGACAAAUCAACAAGCAUCACAAAUCCUAAACAGCCCAAAGAUGCCAAGAGUUUCACUUUUGACCACUCGUAUUGGUCCCACAGCCCAACGGACCCCGCGUUUGCGUCUCAGAGACAGGUGUAUCUGGAUAUCGGGGAAGAGAUGUUACUUCACGCUUUUGAGGGCUACAAUGUCUGUAUCUUCGCCUAUGGUCAAACUGGAGCAGGCAAAUCCUACACCAUGAUGGGUAAACAGGAGCCUGGUCAACAGGGCAUCAUUCCUCAGCUGUGUGAAGAUUUGUUCAAACGAACAGCAGAUAACAUCGACCCUGACCUGUCCUUCUCUGUCGAGGUGUCGUACAUGGAGAUUUACUGUGAGCGUGUGCGGGACCUGCUGAACCCAAAGAGCGGGGGACCCCUGAGGGUCAGAGAGCACCCCAUCAUGGGCCCAUACGUGGAAGACCUCUCCAAAAUGGCUGUGACCAACUACAGUGACAUCGCAGACCUCAUGGACUGUGGAAACAAGGCUCGGACUGUUGCUGCCACUAACAUGAAUGAGACGAGUUCUCGUUCCCAUGCAGUCUUCACCAUCCUCUUCACACAGCGGCGUCUCGACCAGAUGACCAACCUCCAAACAGAGAAGGUGAGCAAAAUCAGCCUGGUUGACCUGGCAGGAAGUGAAAGGGCGGACUCUUCCGGGGCAAAGGGCGUGAGGUUGAAGGAGGGAGCAAACAUCAACAAAUCACUGACCACACUGGGUAAAGUCAUCUCUGCCUUGGCCGACAUGCAAAGCAAUAAGAAGAAGAAAUCUGACUUCGUACCCUACAGAGACUCUGUGCUAACCUGGCUGUUGAGAGAGAACUUAGGUGGGAAUUCUCGCACGGCUAUGAUUGCGGCUCUGAGUCCUGCAGAUAUCAACUAUGAGGAGACACUCAGUACUCUCAGGUAUGCAGACCGUGCUAAGCAGAUUCGCUGUAACGCUGUAAUUAAUGAGGAUCCGAAUGCUCGGCUGGUGAGAGAGUUAAAGGAGGAAGUCAACAGACUCAAAGACCUGCUACUGGCCCAGGGACUCAGUGAACUUAUUACUGCUACAGGGUCGAAUGGGAGCCAUCCUGUGUUUGGAGGGGUCACAGGCGUAUCCCAGCAGCCUCCUCUCACCACUGAACAGCCUACACACACCAGUGCACCAGUGGAGGAGCUGACUCAGGGCACCCCCAUCAGUAAAGAGGAAGCAGUGGAGAGACUGCAGGAAACAGAGAAGAUAAUUGCUGAGCUGAAUGAGACUUGGGAGGAGAAGUUGAGGAAGACAGAAACUCUAAGACUGGAGAGAGAGUCUCUGCUUGCUGAGAUGGGUGUGUCCAUCAGAGAAGACGGGGGCACUGUAGGAGUCUUUUCACCUAAAGGAACGCCCCAUUUGGUAAAUCUGAAUGAGGAUCCUCUGAUGUCUGAGUGUUUGCUCUAUUACAUAAAGGAUGGAGUCACCAGGGUCGGUCAGCAGGAUGUGGAUAUUCGUCUGAGUGGCCGGUUUAUUAAAGAACAGCACUGUGUGUUCCGCAGCCAAGUCAGUGAGAAUGGAGAGGUGGUUGUGACUGUGGAGCCAAUGGAAGGUGCAGAGACUUAUGUAAAUGGAAAGCAAAUCACUGAACCUGUUGUUCUCAAACAAGGUAACCGCGUGGUGAUGGGGAAGAAUCAUGUGUUUCGGUUCAACCACCCAGACCAGGCUCGGCAAGAGAGAGAACGCAGUACCACACUGGAACAGCAGGGGGAGCCUGCAGACUGGAGCUAUGCACAGAGAGAGCUGCUGGAGAAACAGGGCAUUGACAUCAAACAAGAGAUGGAGAAAAGGCUGCAGGAUCUGGAGAAUCAGUACCGCAGAGAGAAAGAGGAGGCUGAUCAGCUGCUAGAGCAGCACAGACUGUACGCAGACUCAGACAGUGGCGAUGACUCAGACAAACGUUCCUGUGAGGAGAGCUGGAGACUGAUUUCCUCCCUCAGAGAGAAACUACCCGCCAACAAGGUGCAGACUAUAGUGAAGCGCUGUGGUUUGCCCAGCAGUGGGAAACGCCGUGAGCCUCUGAGAGUCUAUCAGAUCCCUCAGCGCAGACGCAUCAACCUGGACCCCAAACUGCUGACGCUGGAGGAGCUGCGCACCCAGGCGGUGAAGGAGAUCUGCUACGAGGUGGCGCUGAACGACUUCCGCCACACGCGGCAGGAGAUCGAGGCCCUGGCCAUCGUCAGGAUGAAAGAGCUCUGUCGCACCUACGGCCAGCGCGACCCUCAGGAGAGGGAGAGCUGGCGCACGGUGGCCAGGGACGUGUGCAACACCGUGGGCAUUGAGGAGGAGAGAGAGGCGGAGGAGAAAGGAGGAGGGAGGGACGGGGGAAGGGCGGACACGGGCGUGGGCGACCUGAAGGCUCACAUCGAUAAGUUGACCGAUAUUUUGCAGGAGGUGAAGCUACAGAACAACAUGAAGGACGAGGAGAUUCGAUCGCUGAGAGAUCGCAUGAUCAAAAUGGAGAGCAUUUUACCCUCAGGAGCACAGUCUGAGAGUGACUCUAUGUCAGGAGUGGGUGGAGAGGAACAGGUGAACCGCCAGACUGAAGACUAUUCUGGGUACAGACGGGGUCGUCACCGCUGGCCACACCAGGAGCAGUAUCACGACCCCAAACGUCGCCGUGGUGCCUCUGGAGCCCCUCCUGCCCCACUCUACACCCCUCCCACAGGAGGACGCAGUCAGAACAACCCUUUCGCGACCAGAACGGGAUUUAACCAAAGUCCCGCCUUCAACCCCGGGGGCCGCAACCCAAACGGGCCUUAUUUACCCGGGACGGGCCGAUUUAUACCCCCACUGGAGCGUAAGCUGCAGUUCCCCUUCAAGAAUAACCCCCAGCAUCGAGCUUUCGUCUGGGGACCCUCUUCCCCUCACGGUCAGACCCCCAAAGCAGAGGAGGAGGAGGAUGGCUUCAGACCAAGUUUAACGGACUCUGGUCACAACCAGUCCGGUCUGGGCUCGGUGCACACAUUCCAGUCCUCUCCUCCCACGCAAAGAGGCCACUGGGCCCAGAAUCACCAGCAUCACCAGAACCAGCAGCAACAGAGGCGUAACCGCGGAAACAGAGGCCACGGAAACCAACGCCACCGGCAGCGGAGGGGCCGCAACCCGUUUGACGGAUAUGUUGACGUGGACAGAAGCGGCGGCAGUCAGAACCAGCAUGGGCCCCAGGCGCGGUACAGCUGGCACAACCCGAACCCAGGCCCUGGCACGGGCCAGCUGGACCAGCACGGGUCACAGCACAACCACAGACAACCCACAGAGAAGACCAGCCCCAAAGCUCCUCCCCACCAGGUGGAGCAGAGCACUCCCAUGGAGACCUGAUUGGCUCAGCUGUGGGAGGGGGCGGUGCAAAAGUCAUUUAAGAGCCUUCCACUGGAAACUGCUGAGGGGGUUGUACUGAUGGGAAUAUUCUCAUGGGGAAUGUCUUUGUCCCAGGAAGUUGCUCUCAUGCACACACACACACACACACACACACACACUUGUUUUCUCCGUCACUUGUAGCUCUGUGUCCUCCCAUGGUGCCGUAGCGUGAGCGGUAAGAGCAGUCUUUGGGCUGAAAGCAAUUUGAAGUUAUAUUGGGGGGAAAAACCGUUCCCCUGAUGGAGAUAUUGAAGUGACAUGAAAAUCGUUUUAGUGCAAUUUCACACCACAUGGGGGUUUGCUCCACAACUACCAUCAUGUUUGUAAUGCUUCUGGGAAAACAAAACAAAACAAAACAAAAACAGUGAUAAAAAAAGAGUCAGUGAUAUGAAUGAAAUCUGUCUGUAGCUUCCAAAGCUACAGUAACUAUGCAAUUCCAAAAACGUUCUUGACCCAGCUCAUACUCUCAACUGCCGCAGAGCUGUCUGUACAGCAGUGACGCUCUGUGAGGUCAGGAUUAUGCAAACCUACAGACAAACUGUACCGGAGUCAGAUAUGCAUGGACGCAAAGUGCUGUGUGUAAAUCGGAAUUAUUUUGUACAUGGGUAAAAAUGGCACAGUCUGACUCCAUCAGGCUUUACCACGCACAGAUAUUUCAGAUGAAUACUUUGAGCUGUGUUUGGUCUGGUGCUUUUGUAUAUUUUGGGAUGUGUGAGUUGAACGUUUACGUGCCUAACGCUGCUGUGUGUUACAGAAGUGCCUGUUUCUGAACACGCCUAAGAGUAAGCCAAAGACUGUACCCUAAACAUAACCAGACCCCCUCACAGACUGUACCCUAAACAUAACCCGCUCCCCUCAAUACCCACAGACUGUCCCCUAAACAUAACCAGGCCCCCUCAAUACCCACAGACUGUACCCUAAACAUAACCAGACCCCCUCACCCCUCACAGACUGUACCCUAAACAUAACCAGGCCCCCUCAAUACCCACAGACUGUACCCUAAACAUAACCCACUCCCCUCAAUACCCCCCACAGAC